AUGGAGGCCGUCGCCGCCGCAGCCAGCAUCGCAGGCAUCAUCACAGUGGUCGGGCAAAGCAUCGACGGCCUAAUCAAGUUUAGCGAAUUUUUCUCCGAUAUAUCAUCAGCGUCCAAGACUAUCAGUCGUCUUUUGAACGACAUCAACUCGCUAAUUCAAGUACUGGAAAACAUCGGCGAUGUGCUUGAACGGGCACAGGCGCGGCGAAGGGGUCAAAACUUCGCUUCUCUGGACAUCAAGCUCGAGGAUUGCGCCAAAGAUGUGCAGAUCUGGUUGGCGACCGCGAGGCUGCUGCGCCCUGGCUCCGACAGCGGAGGGAAGGCUUGGUUGAGGAAGUUCCGCUUGGCUGUGAAUAAUACUGCUAUCCAGACGAUAAGGGAGGAGAUUGGGAGGCACAGGCAGACUCUAUGUCUCAGUCUUGCUGUCUUUGGGAGGACUAUAGACAUCGAUACAUCUAAUCAGGUUCAUCAGAUUGGCGGCCGAUUCGAUGAAGCUCUUUCAACCUCGCUGUCUAUUCAUGGUGCUCAUGUAGAAGCGCUCAGACGGAUCGAGCAUUAUUCGAUGACCAGUAUGCAUAGCUCUGCACAUAGCAUUAGAAGCAUGGACAGUAUCCGCACGGAGCUGACAAGGCUCGAAGCCAUGAUCACCAGCACCAGUGUUGCGAGCCUGUCAGAGAUUGAGACUGGCAAUAAUCAUACAAGGCGAGGCUCCAGUUAUACUGAAAAUCGACCUUCCGCCGUCGAAGAAGGAGGGAAUCGUGGUCCAAAUUUGUUAAAUUCUGGUCCAUCGCCCGAACUUAGUGGUGAGAUCUCUAUUGCCAGAGACUCAGCCACGGCACACGCUCCACGACGAACUUCCUCGACUGGAAGUCGAAAACAUCUUUCUUCCAGUAGCCAAUCAAAAGGGAAAAGGGAAACGUCUGUAGAGUACGGUAUUCAACCUGAUUACCACAUACCUUCCGCGGAAUAUCGCUCGUUUUUGGAUGAACCCGACGAUACUAACAAUCAGUAUAUGAAAAAGCCCUCGGAAGAGGGGAACAAAAGUAGCUUCUUAUAUGCAGAGUUUGCCAAAAGUUCUCAGACUCGCCAGCCUGAGAGCUCAGAGAAUGAGGUUGAUCACAGUGCCAUUCACCGUAUACUACGGCAGUCUUUAGCGAGCAUAUACCCUCCUGAGGUGGUGGAGUAUGUAUCACUCUGGCAAGUCACUACUCUUUGUGAAGAUCACAUACGUCUACUCGAUAAAAGACCAAGCAUUCAGAUGUCGGCAACUGGAAAGGUCAAAGAAAUACCUUACGUAGACGAUGGUACUUCAGCUUCCGCACAACCAUCUAUGAUCGGUUUAAGGGAUCGGCUGAUAGAGCUACGAAACGCUAUCAGGCUCUCCAGGGAGCAUUGUAUCCAAGCUGGCCACUCGCUAUCAGAGCUGGACAAGUUGCUUUCCCCACCGGGUAGCGGCAGCUUCGCGUCCGCCGACCAGCCACCACCGAAACUAGAGAAUAAUAGCGGAGACGACAGUUCCAGUAUUUACUCCGAAGACUUUCACUCAUCGGCCGAGUAA